AUGGGCGAAGAUGAUCUCUACAUUUUGAGGUUGGUCACCGGUAGCUGGGAUCAUCGAUUACGAGAAGAAUUUCUCCGAAAAGCUAAUCCAACCCGUGAUCUUCAUCGUACGGCAAUGGCUUGGGAAUCGGCCCACGCAGUCGAAGCUUCCCUUUCUUCAAGCUCUCGAUCCUCCACCGUUGCUGCUCUUUCCUCGUACAAGAAAUCAAAAUCUGGGAAAAAGGACAAAUCAUUUUCUAACUCCAGCAAUGACCCAAUUAAUCCCGGCUCACUUCGAGAGGACGCUCCAUCAGCUACAACGCUUGACGAGCCCUCGUUUCUUGGGAAAGUGACCCAUUCACGGUCCAUUCUGUCAAAGCCAUCAGAGGAGCAGGUCAAGGACGGAAUUGGUGAUCUCUUGGACCAAUUUCCCUCCGUCUUUGCUUCGUCUGACAAGCUCAGACCCAUGAUUGGACCACCAAUGACCAUUCAUCUGAAGGACGAUAUUCCAAUCCAUCCCACCCACGUCACAGUUGCAAGAAAUGUUCCAUUUGCGUACGCUGAUCAAACUCAAAAGGAACUCGAGUUUAUGUCCGCUUCGGGAAUCAUUGAAGUUGCCUCUGAACCUUCAACAUGGGUGAGCCCAAGUCUAGCGAUCCCAAAGCCCAAUGGAUCAGUUCGUCUUGUUGUGGAUUUCACUGCUCUGAACAAAUAUGUCAAACAACCGAUCCACCCAUUCCCAUCUGCCAAGGACAUAUCCACUUCGAUCCCACCGUCCUCCAAGUGGUUUGUCGUCCUUGAUGCCGUCAAAGGCUAUUGGCAGGUGGAGCUGGAUGAAAAAUCAAGAGCUCUAACAACAUUCUUGACGCCUUUUGGUCGCUUUCGUUACUGCAGGGCCCCAAUGGGUCUAAACGCUUCUGGCGAUGAAUUCUGCGCUCGUGGUGACCGUGCUUUGGCUGGCCUUGCUGGGGUCAAGAAAAUCGUCGAUGAUGUCCUCGUGUGCGGGGAUUCUUUCUCCGACCUCAUCACCAAGACAAAGGCCGUUCUUCAAAGAUGCAAAGAACACGGUAUCACACUCUCCAAGGCCAAAGCACAAGUGGGAUCUUCUGUCAAGUUCGCGGGAUACAUCAUUGGCACUGAUGGUGGUCGCCCAGACCCCACCAAGGUCGCCGCAAUUGCCGAUUUCCCCGCUCCUCAAAACAUCACUGAUCUCCGAUCAUUUCUUGGACUGGCCAAUCAGUUAAGGCAAUUUGUGCCCGAUUUGGCCCACGCCGCCCAACCACUUCGAGACCUUUUGAAGAAGGACACUGCCUUCAUUUGGUUGUCCGAGCAUCAGGACGCUUUCAACGCCUUGAAAGCCAUCCUCACCACACCAGGAGGUUCAAUUUUGGCUCAUUUCGAUCCCGCACUCCCUUCUUUUCUUUUGACUGACGCCUCUCGCUUGAAGGAAUUAGGAUAUGCCCUCCUUCAGACGUAUCCUAACGGCCAGUCAAAACUGGUGCAGUGUGGAUCUCGAUAUUUGACUGCGGCGGAGACACGCUAUGCCGUAUGCGAAAUAGAGGCAUUAGCUGUCCAAUGGGCUGUUCAACGUUGCCGUCUUUAUCUCUUGGGCAUCCAAUUCACGGUCAUAACGGACCACAAACCUCUGUUUGGCAUUUUCAAAGGUUCAAACUUGGGAUCCAUGGACAAUCCCCGUCUUCAAAGGAUUAUGAUGAAAUUGGCGGCUUAUACGUUCGACGUCCAAUGGAUCCCGGGCAAAAAACAUCACGUGGCUGAUGCUCUUUCUCGCUUUCCGCUCUUUGACAUCCAAAAAGAAGAUCAGGACGAACCAGUUCUUUCUGGAUUUGAUUCGAUCCACUUGGCCACAAUUUCUCUCAACUCUGCACCUGAUUCUGGUUUGGCCUCAGUCUCUGAAAUAGCCAAAGGGGAUGUCAACUAUCAGGCGAUCAUCUCCACUCUUCUUUCGGGUCAAUCUCCUAAAUCCUUACCUCAGAGUCAUCCGUCUAAACUGUACUCGAAGCAAUGGGAGGCCUUGUCUUUGGAUUACAGUACCGAUUUACUCAUUCUCCAAGGCCAUCGGAUCGUUGUCCCAACCGCUGCCCGCCCCACCAUUCUUCAAGAUCUUCAUAGAGCCCAUCAGGGUAUUCGCCGUACCCGUGCCUUGGCUCGCAGCCUUUACUUCUGGCCUGGCAUGAAUAAUGAGAUUGAACAAAUCAUCAGUUCAUGUGCCACAUGUCAGGAACACCGGCCGAGCCAACCGGCCGAAACUCUGGUCCAAUCCAAAGCAUCUAGGCCUUUAAAAUCGAUUUCGGUGGAUAUUUUCGACAACGCAGGUCAACACUAUUUGGUCAUGGUGGACCGCUUUUCCGGUUGGCCAUGCGUCGCCCACUUGUCCAGAAUGGACACGCCAGCCAUCACCAGCAUCUUGAAUGAUUGGUUCACAGACUAUGGGAUUCCUAAAAUUCUUCGUUCUGAUGGAGGACCCCAAUUCUGUACCGAAUUUGGAGAGUUUUGCCGCGGUCUGAACAUCGUCCAUGAACUCUCGACCGCCUACCAUCCCGCCUCCAACGGUCAUGCCGAAUCAGCGGUCAAAGCCAUGAAGGCCCUCCUGCAAAAAAUAUAA